GAGACCAAAAGCCAAAAGACAGCAGCUGACCUUCUCCUCUUCCUCCGUUUCAUCAUCUUGCAGAACAGGAGAAAAGCGACAGAAGAUUUUGGUCUCUUUCUCUGCGGUUUUGAUCCGACAACGCUCUCCCAUGGCCUCGUUUCUUCACCGAAGAUCCUCCGUUCUCAUGUGGGUUCUCUUCCUCGCGUUUGUCUCCUACACCCGCCUCGUCAACGGCGGGCAGAACAUCGAGGUUUUCUAUCCAGGCUCGGCCCCCGUCCCAGCUCCUACCCCUCCAACCAUCCCUACGGCCUCCCCGCCGCUUCCGCCACCUCCGCCUCCGCCUCCGCCUCCGCCGCCGGUAGGAUUGCCGCAGCCCACGCCGGCCCCUUCGUCUUCUGGGUCGGACAAACAGAUCAUAGCCACGGCGGUCGUCGCCACCGCGGCCAGCACGGUGGUGAUUUCGGGGCUCGUCUUCUUUCUGCUCAAGAGGCGAGCGGUCGCGCGGCGGAGGAAGGAGGAGAGCGGCUCCGGUGGCGGCCUCCCGACGAUCUCGCGCGACGACUUUACGCGGUUCGAUGGUAAUAUUAAGGGGCUGAUAGUGGAUGAGAAUGGACUGGACGUUCUUUACUGGAGGAAGCUUCAGGGGAGGAGUGGCAAGAACUUCGAGAAGCAGGCUUUGCCAAGCCCGAAAGAUGGAGGAGAAGCGGAGGAGGAAGGCACGGCGCCUGGAAGAGGUCGCUGGAGAAACUCCGAGCCCGUCCAGGAAUUCCCUUUGCUAGAGAAGUCCACGACUUCCUACGGCCAGUACAAACCAGAAGCAAACGACCCGGUUCAGAACGCCACGCCUGCUUUUCCGACUCCUCCGCCUGCCGGUCACCCACUAGAGGCUGUGGAGAAAUCCACCACGUCAACUCGACCGCCAAAUGCUAUUGCUCCGCCGGUGCCACCAACAGCACCACCUGCUCCACCAUUAGCACCACCCAAAAGGUUAAUGGAGAUACUCACCUCAUCAGCAAUCGGAGCAGAUACAAGGGCCGCAUCACCACCUCCUCCACCAAUCCCAGCCGCGAGAGUGCCACCACCUCCUCCACCUCCGAAGGCGGGUGGUCCAGCUUCAUCACUGAAACCUCCCCCGCCACUGCCAAAAGCAAUGCCAGGGCCCAAUAAACUAGAGGAAUCAUUAUCGGGGAGCGCUCAAACCGGAAAAGAUCAGGUGAAGCUGAAGCCACUGCACUGGGAUAAGGUCAACAUUGCCAACACGGAACAUUCGAUGGUGUGGAACAAAAUCGAUGGUGGUUCUUUCAAGUUUGACGAUGAUCUGAUGACAGCUCUAUUCGGAUCUGUCGCCACCAACCGCAAAUCUCCUCGAGGGAAAACCAGUUCAGCGAUUCCUAGUGCUGUCACUCCAGGCCCAUCAGGACAGAUCUUUAUACUCGAUCCUCGAAGGUCGCAGAACAUUGCGAUUGUGCUCAAGUCUCUGGCUGUUUCCCGCAAAGAAAUUCUCAGUGUGCUCACCGAAGGCCAAGGCCUAAAUGCCGAUACUCUCGAAAAGCUUGACAGGAUUACCCCCACGAAAGAAGAGGAAGCCCAGAUCCUCGGAUUCGCUGGCGACCCCACAAGACUUGCCGAUGCAGAGUCUUUCCUCUACCACAUCCUCAAAGCUGUCCCCUCCGCUUUCACUCGUUUUAGCGCCAUGCUGUUUAGGCUGAACUACGAAUCAGAGACCCUGCAGCUAAAGGAAUCUUUACAAACACUUGAGUCGGGCUGCAAGGAACUUCGAUCACGAGGACUCUUCAUGAAACUUUUGGAAGCGAUUCUUAAGGCUGGCAAUCACAUGAAUGCUGGAACUUCCCGAGGAAAUGCGCAAGCCUUCAACCUCACCUCUCUGCGGAAACUCUCCGAUGUCAAAAGCACCGAUGGAAAGACUACCUUGCUUCACUUUGUCGUGGAAGAGGUGGUCCGAGCAGAAGAACGCUGUGUUGCCAACCGGAACCAUAGCUUGAGCCGCACCAGCAGCCAGAGCAGCAGUGCAAGCACACACUCUGAGCAUAGGAUGUCAGGAGAGGAAAGAGAGAAGGAGUACAUGAUGUUAGGAUUGCCGAUCAUAGGAGGUCUCAGCGCUGAGUUCUCUAACGUGAAGAAAGCCGCAGCAAUUGACUAUGAAACCUUCGCUGCCUCAUGUGCAGCUCUUACAUCCCGUACAGAGGAAAUCCGGCAACUCGUGUCUCGAGGUACUAGGGACGGAGGAGGGUUCGUGAGAGUAAUGCAAGGAUUUCUCAAAGCUGCCAAAGAAGAAUUGAGUGCCUUGAGGACAGAUCAGGCAGCUGUGAUGGAGAUGGUAAAGAGGACAACUGAGUACUACCAACCAGGGGCCUCAAAGGACAAAGGAGCAAACCCACUUCAGCUGUUUGUUAUUGUUAAGGAUUUCCUGAACAUGGUUGAUCAGGCGUGUGUGGAAAUUGCUCGAAACCAGCAGAGGAAGAAAACAGCGACCGCAAGCACAGGGUCAUCAUCGCCAACAUCUCCAGCAACAAGACCCCCUGUAAGGUUUCCAAAGUUGCCACCGCAUUUCCUGUCGGAGAAGUCCUGGAGCAUGUCUAGUGGAUCUGAUUCAGAUUUAUGAUUCGGCUCGUAUUUGAAAGCGAACAGGCUAAUGUGUAUAGGCAUCAUAGAAAGUGUACUAUACGAGCAAGCAUCGAGCAUUCUUUCAUUUGCAUCAUAUUCUUUCCCAAUUAUUGGUAAAUAUGAUCGUGUAUAUCGUUUUUCUU